CUUUUUAUUUUCAAGCAUUACAAGUCAGAGGAAAAAAAAUGCGAAGUACAUAAAUGGGUGUAUGCUUCUGUUACAGGUAAAUUCUUUAAUUUAAGUGAGCUAAUAUUUUUGUUUUUACUAUUUUAUCUUAUAAUAACUAUAUAUGCUUGUCAUUUAUAUUAGUUGUGGUAUUAUGAGCACUUCAGAUUUCCGGGUAAUGACUUUGAUUACAAUGCUAAAAGUCUUCCAAUAAUGGCACAUUGGACUGAGAAGCGAUGUGCAUCAAGAGAGAACUAUGAAAAUUUAUUUGGUCGUGCUGAUAACAAAAUGUAUCAUGAAUUACAAAAAAAAGCUAGUAGUAGUAUUUGAUUUAGCGAUGCCUUACAUGCAACAAGAAACAACUCAGGCUUCAGAAGGACAACAUACAACAACAUCCAAUCAAAAGGAACAUUAUGCUACUUUUGAAAAUAAAUUCAAUGGUCAAGCUGGUCAAAGAUUGAGGCCAAAUCAUGGAGAAGAAAAAAAAGAGGCGAAGGAGGAGAAGGAAAGAGACGAAGAGGACGAGGAAAAAGAUGAGGUUUCAGAUGAAACAUUUGAUGACAUUGACAAACAUAUGCUAUCAUUUCGUAUGGCUUCAGUUGAACGGAGUGUGCAUUGCUUAGAAAAUAAUAUAAAAAAAAUUAUGCUUGAAAUUACACAAGCUAUCUUCGAGAUGAGAGAUGAUGUUUCCACGCUCAAAUCCGACAUCAGAGAAAGCAAAUUAUAUUCAAAGGUUAAAAUUUUGGUUAUGCAUUAUAUUACUUAUUUAAAUAUGGAACCUCUUAAUAUGGAUUCAGAGUGGAUGAAUGGUGAGACUUAUGUGUCACCUCAUCAUGAGCAAAGGGAAAGAAGCAAGAAGCCUCAAACUACAUUAGAAAAUAUGAAACCAUUAAGAAGUGUACAGAAAAAAAUGUCAUUUGCACAAAAAAAAUCAAAGGAAGUUGAGGAUACUAUCAACAUGUGCCAACGUAAUAAACAUUCACAUGAAGAGAAAAUCAUAUCUGCUUUUCAGGGAGCAGAAAAGGAAGAUCCUGACUUACUACCUCCAGGACUUACACAAGAUGAAGUUAUUGCUAUAACUUAUUACAAGGCAUGUGUAAGUAAAGGAGAGAAAAUUAAGUCUUUUGUUCAAAUAGGUGAUAUCAUUCUCACUGGAGAAUAUUUGAAGCCUUUGCUUGCAAGUGGAAACUUUGGAACUGAUGCAUGGUUAUCAAAUGAGGUGUUUUUUCAUACAAAUAGUGAAGGAAAUCAUUGA